AUGGGUCUGAAGAUGGCUGAAUUCGAACCCUUCCCAGUCUCCUCCGAGUACUUCGCGAAGCCCGGUACCGCGCCCCACUCCGACGCCCCGUUCCUCCCGUACUGGGCCCGCUGUCGCACGCAGUGCGCCCAGAACUUGCUCGACUGCUCCGACGAGCCCAUCGAGUACGAUCACGACGACGAGGACUACAGUGACAACUGCUUCUUCUUCCCCGAGGACUGCUCGUGGACCCCUCCCAAAGACUGGGUCGUCGAGGCGCACUGUCAAUCGAUCAAACCGGUCCCAGAGAUUCACAUUCACCAAGAUACCCCGGUUGGCCUGGACGCCGACACCGACACCAUGAUUCCCGGUCUACCUGAUAUUAAGAUGCUUGACUCGGAGGCAUUGGGUGAUCUGCUGGAGGACAACCUUUCUCCGCCGGAGAUUACGACGAUGAUCGUGUUCGCUACCAACGGCGCCGUCUUUGCCUACGCCUCCUCCCUCUCUUCUCGCCAGCUCCGGAACCUGAGCUCGACCUACGGUGCCGCAUAUACCUGUUACGCCAAGACCGCGUCGAGCGGAAACCUCACAGGGGUAAAUCCCGCCAGUCACCCUUCAUCCUAUGUGACGGCGCAAUCGAUGUCGCUGGGCGACGUGGGAUCUAUCGUCUUCGAGCUAGAUGACUCGGUGGCAGUGGUGACUCGUAUUGCGGACAAAGUUCUGCUGGCCGCCGUGGGUCCCAACAAGCUCGACGACAUGAUAAACGGCGAUGGCCCCGACCAUCUCGCUGUUGAUGGCCCAGGUGACUCAACGGCUGGCAAUGGAACCACUACAGAUGAGUCACAGGGUGAUGUGCCGUCUUCGAACCCGCCUGCGCACAACGGCGGCCUAGAGUCCCAACACGAGAUCGAUCACAGCGCAGAUCUGUCCAGAUUGGCUAGUCUGAACCUCUCUGCCUCUCCGUCUGUGCUGCUCGCUCUGGAGUCUAAGUGUGCGGCUCUUGGGCGAUUCCUGGGUGAGAAACUGAGUGACCUGGAGAGUCCGGAGGACUUCUAA